AUGGAAUACUACGACCCCGACGAUAUCCUUCUGAACGAAACAAGAAUACAGGUUGUAUUCAAGCACAAGGUGCAGAACUUCGGAUUUCUUGGACAGAGAUCCAGGAUCCUUCCAGAAAACAAGAAGGUGGAGGUCCCAUACUUCCUUGUAGCCUUUCUUCUGAAAAACGACCAUUGUAAGCUGGCCGAGGGCUUCCCAGAUAAGUCCCUGCUGGAGGAUAUAAGCGCCAAGCCUGGAGUAAUUGACCUGAGGUCGGUGUGUCCUUACUUCUUCUACUUGCACUCCAUUCUUCUCAAAGAGGAAGUGUCUCUGCCGGAGUUCUUCUAUGAAAGAAUAGGAGACCAUUCUUCUCUAGUUCUCAAGAAGGCGUUUUCCGAAGAUGAUGUAUGGAGGUUGGACGUGAUUGAAAGAGGUCUUAUUGUACGCAGCAGGAGAACUUUCCAGAGAUUUCAUAACUUCCUUAUCUUGGGUCAUAACUAG